AGGCGUGGCCUUGUUGUCACGGAUGAGCAUGAGGGGGCUGUGCAGUUUAUGUCUAGCUAGCUGGGAUUUGUUUUCAUGCAGUAGCGAUGGAUCUUCUUGUCCAGAUAUGUCUCCUGUUCUAUCUCCUAUCAUCUUUUGUUGUUGCAGAGGCCACUUUGGAUCUGAUGUAUAACACGAGUGUGGCGUGUCCUGGAGAGACAGUUUUGUUCACAUGCUUCGUACCUGGUGGUGUUGCAUUGCAAUGGAGAGUAGAUCCUCCAGCAGAGUCUAUGUUGAUGUCAGAAGUACAAAUUAAUCCAUUCAAUAUAUUCUCACAAGUUGGUCGAAGGGACACAUUUGGAUCUGGAGUGAUCAUGUUUGAGGCUGUUUUUGUGAGCAAUGAUGAUGGAAAUCUGACGUCCACUCUCAUCAACCUCAGUGAAGUGUCUGUACUGGAUGGUAGCAAUGUCACCUGUGUUGCUACUAUUAAUAAUGGUGUUGCAAUAGAGUCACAACAGACUGUCACAGUUGCUGGUGCCCCAACUUCUCCACUCAACCCAAUAAUUUCCUCCAUUCAAAAUCAAACUCUCUCUUCCAUUAUCACUCUGGACUGGGACUCCCCCUCCUCUACUGGCGGUGUGUCUGUCAGCUAUGCCCUCACCAUCUCCCCAACACCUCUCUCCGAGUCACCAGUCACCGUGGAGACCACCUUGGCACAGAUAACCAUCUCCUACGACACUCACUACACUGUGACCAUCAAAACUGUCAACUGUGCUGGCAAUAGCAGUGCUGUAAUGGUGGUGAUUCCUGCUAUUGUUACCUGCCCCUCUAAUCCACCACCUGCGGAUCGAGUGACCAUCAAUGGUCGUCCACCACUGCCUGUACUAAUAGGAUCAACACUAAGCUUCACUUGCAAUAGACAGAUGGUACUUUCAACCUGUGAGAGUGAUGGACGAUGGUCACCUGACCCCACCACUUACAUGUGUCUCUCAGAUCUCACCUGUGGCUCUCCUGCUGCACCAUCCAAUGGCAGUGUGGACGUCAAUGGUGGGACACCACCCUUCUCACUGGGUUCAGAGGUCACCUAUCGCUGUGAAGAUGGACUGUUCCCCCUUGAUGUGAGGACCAGUACAUGCACUGAUGUGGGGGGUAGGGGAGAGUGGGUGGAGAAUCCUGGGAGCUUGGUGUGCAGGGAGAGCCCAGUCAACUGCACUGUGCCUGUCAUACCAUUCAACGGUACUAUAGUGGACUAUGAGCUGUUGAACGAGACAGUGUUGGAGGGAACAGUGCUGACUUACCAGUGUGACAAUGGACUCUCACUGACUGGACCCAACACCAUCACUUGCACUAAUGCUGGAGUCUGGAGCACUGCACCUGAAGAAAUAAUGUGUAUGUCACCAACCGAAGGUACUGACAUUGGACCUAUAGUAGGUGGUGUUGUUGGUGGAAUACUGGUGGUGGUGUGUCUCAUAGGCAUCGUGGUGAUUGCCCUGUUCUUACUGAAGAGACAGAAAUCAGACGAGUUCAGAGAAGAUGUGGUAGAGAUGUCAGGACUUCAGGGAGACUACAGUGAGCUGAGGCAUGACGGCCCAAGGAAAGAAUCAAAGAAAGCUCAACCUCCUCCUCCUGACUCUGAGGGUUACAGCAGAGUCAAUCGUAGUCCGGAUGCUGGGGCACUAACUUACGAUGAGGUGGUCCUCAACUCAGACAAUAAAAUAGGAAUCAACUCUGAAGGCUACAGUACAAUGAACACUGGACAGACUCAGAGACUACCCGGCUAUGGCCAGCUCGGCAAUGUGGCUACAGUGGAGCCAGUGGUCUAUGCUGCCCUUAGCUCCAGCCAGCCCCACAAGAAAGGCAAAAAUACGACUGCCACAGUGGACCAGCACCAGGUGACCUACGCCACUGUGGAUGUUGCUGCCACCAGCCGGAAACAGGCCAAAGCAGCCACCCUCCCCACCAGCCCAACAGCCUCAGCCCCAGCCCUGCCUGAUGUGGACAAGCUCCUGGACAUUGACCAGGCCUUGGUCCAGAUCAGGUCAAUGGAACACAAAUGGAGGGAGCUGGCUGAGACUGUGAGGCUGCCAGAGACAAUGAUUGAGCAGAUCGAGGAUUCAUGUGGAAUCAACCAUAGUGGAUGUCUAACGGAGGUGAUCGACCAGUGGAUGAGAAACUGUUCUGGGCGACCAACCUGGAGGGAGCUGGCUGGUCAUCUCCAUAAUAUCGGGGAAGAGCAACUGUCGCAAGAACUCCUGAAUAUCUAUAAUACUGGUCGUCUCCCAGUAGAAUUGAACAUGAAGGCUGUACCAAGUACCGUGUACAAGUACGACCGAGCCCCUCCCCCUCCCCUCCCCUCUCGAUCACCCACCAUGACGGACGACAGUCCAGGACAGUCAAAGACGCUGCCUCCGUCACGUCCUCCUAAAGCUGAGAUGACUCCAGUCCGCCCCCCCAAACCAGUCCCUAAGGACGAGUCCCCGUUACCACCACGGCCUCCUAAACACUACGCCAAGCAUUAGGACGCCGCGGUGGUAUGGAACUAUCUAUUAGUCUAAGAGUGGUUUAAUUUGCACGUUAUGUAAUUUUUUGAGAGUAUUUACUCAAUACAUGAUUUUAGUUUUAUUUUCCUGUGCGUGCACAGUCGGUGUUUUGUGUGUCCCUGUUUCUAUGUAACGGGUUGUUUAGGUGUCAAUUUACAUGUUUAUUUUGAUGUACCUUAAUCAGGGAAACUUCUAUAUAUGUUUAUUGUUAACUUUUGCUGUUUAUUUUAUAUUGUGUUGAUCACAUUGUUUUCUUGCCAAGAAUUUUCGGAUUGCA